UGAAAUGAAAAAGGCUAAGGCGGAUGUGGUAUCAGCGGACGAUGCCCCGCAAACUCCAUCUCGCAGCAGCACUCAGCGUGUGAUCGUAGUACGCGACCGUCGGUCCUUCUCUCCUGCUCGCACCGUCCUGCGCAUGUCUGUAGGCGAGAGCCGUUCUUCCAAUGGUGACAACACUCUGCUCAAGUCUGCUAUAUUGGCCGCAGCCGAACAAAACGCUCUUAAUCAUACCCCCCCUCCCAAUAAGGGACGCCAGUCGAUUCUGAAAAGACCAGGGACCAGCAAGCGUGAAAGUCGUGGAGUUAUUUUCAGUACAAAGAAAAAUGUACGGCACUUCAAAUUCACCUACGAAGAAGGCACUAUUAGCGAUGACCAGGGCCCAGCAGAAAAUGAGCCGCAAUCCGCGUCUUAGGCCAUCCACCGAGUUUAUGUAGUUUAUCUAUCAUUUAUUAUUUAAAGUUACGUUUUUGUUUAUAUGUAUAGUAUUAUUUAAUUCUGAAAAUUAUGUUUCAAUUUCAAA